AUGGACCCGGCUCGCACGGCUCCCAGACGUCCGGAGAAACUGUCUCGCUCGCAGAAGCUGCUUGUAAGCCAGGUCACGAGUCUCCUCGCGGCUUCUGAGCAGACCGCCCUCUCGCUGCUUCAGACAGCGAACUGGGAUGUCAAUGCAGCAGUAGAUCUCUUCUUCUCGCAGCGGCCGGGUCCCGCUGGUUCUCAGCCUGCGCCGCUGGUUGAGCCUGCUCGCCGAGGCUCGUCAAACAGACAGCGCCGCGAAGAAGUCCCGCAACCCUUCCUCGCCACUCCUGUCUCGCGCAAAAGGCAGGGCGGAUCCAACUCCGUUUCCUGCACGGCAAAUCCUGCCUCUGCCCAGGCCGCGAAUCCCUCGUCGCCCAUUCUCCUCGACGACACGAGCGAUGGAGAGACUCCGGAAACGCGCACGCAGGACACAGACUUUGAUCCGCUCUCGAAGCUCGACGAAGGCGGCGGAGACCCCGCGGCUGUGCAGGGGAGAGCCCACACAGAGACAGCGCGCGAGCGGGGAGUCGCGGCUUCAGGUCGGUUUUGUCGAAAACGCCAUGUGACAGAGGACGGCGUUGCGGAGUCUGGGAAGGCCCAGCUGAAAGAAGACGCCUCCAGACUGGAAAGCCGCCGACAAUGGGGGCUCGCGGAGACACGGUUCCACUCUGGCAAGACAGCAGAAGACGUAGACGCGCAGACGGCUCCAGCGGCCGUUCCAGGCUGCCGGGAGAAAGAGUCUCAGACUAUUUCUGAUGGUCCCGCAGCCAAGCGCGCGAGACCCGGUGCGGAGGCUCUGAGCUGGCGGCCGCGAGGAAGAGAGGUACAGACGGCAGAGGCGGAAAAACUUCUCAAGUUUCUCCAACAAAAGUAUGCGUGGAGGCAACAAGAGAUUCUGCGAAGCCAAAGCCUCCUCAGCUCGGCGGGAGUCAAAGCGGACUGGACUACCUACGUCGGCUACCUCACUCUCGAUGCGACCAUCAUCACUGCCGCCUUCACCCGCCCGCUUCCUCAGCCGCAGAUGCGCUUUGUCGGGGACGUCCGCGUUCAGCUUCCCGCCGCGAGAGGGACGUUUUUUCUUCCUCGGAAGGCGGCUCCGAAGCUUUACCGCGUGGAUCCAGGGUUCGACGAGAUUCGCGAGGAUGCGCGAAAGCUGUUUGCGGCGAAGAAACUUUCGGGAGAUUCCGGCGGCUCUGCGCGCACAGGCAAGAAGCGCACGCUGCCGGCUCUAACGACCCUGCUAGAGAAUCUCACAGAUGCCUCCUGCACGCUUCGUCUGCUUCUUGGUGAGCGAGAGGCAGGACGAAUCCAAAAAAGCCUCUCCAAGGAACUCCUCCUUCUUCUCCUUCUCGAUGUCAUCAAGGUCCACAUCACGUGGGUCCCUGGGGCGCCUCCCGCCUUUCCUCUCCGUGUCGGCACGACGGUGACUGUGGCGGUCUACGUCUUUUUAACUUCCAAUCUCUUCAGCCUCGAAAGGGCGAAAAACAGCGUGAGUUUGGAUCUCGGCGGACAGUGCAGCCACGCCCUGGCGACGCUGUUCCAAGCAGUGCGCGCGCCGAUGAAGAGCCGAGCGGAUCUCGUGGGAGUCCUUCCAUCAGCGCCGUGUCCAUCUGCGGCGGAACCCGCGGGUCCGGGUGUCCUGACAGCGCAUCGGGUUCUCGACGGCAGCGCGUCCGCGGCAGGGGACGAGGACGAGGGCGGACGACGCGAAGAGGAAGGACACGAAGCGGAAGACGACAGUGAAUCUGAAGAUGAAGAAGCUCUGGAUGCCGGCAACCGUCUUUCCGACCUCGUCCUGGGCACUGAAACGGCGCUGCCGUCCUGCGCCUCGUCGUCGCUCUCGGCCGCGCCACCGAGUCUUCGCGCCUGCUCUGCCUCCCUCGCCCCUGCCUCGGCCCCUCCCCCUGCAUGUGGUUCUGUCUCUGCAGGGGCCUUCGCGUCGAGUCGAGGCGGGGAAGUGUCCACUCGAGGGCGCCUGCGUCCGUCCCGUCGCGUUUUUCGGACGAGCCUCCGACGGUACCAAGAGGAAGGCUUGUACUGGUUGGUGUCUCGCGAAUCCAGGGACUUCGACUACUCGGCGGCCAAGAAGCAGAUGGACAAGUGCAAACACCCAGACGAGCGGUUGGCAUUUCUGCCUCCUUCUUGGCUCCGUCUCGAACUCCCUUCCAGCUUGCCUUCUUGGCUGCAUGCGCCGCAUGCAGCCUCUGCCCCCAGUCGCGGAUCGAAUGGCGGGAGCGACCGUUCGCCCUUCACUGAGAAGCGUUCGGGGGCCGGUGGCGAGGUCUUGGACGCUCGAGAAGAUCCUUUCUUCAGGUGGAACGGAGACAGACAGAACGCCAUUCGGCAUCUCUUUUGCAACUUCGACGCCUGCGCAUUCUCUCUCGCGUGUCCCACUUCCUCGAAAGCCGUCACCGGCGGCAUUCUCGGCGACGCGAUGGGGCUCGGAAAGACCGUGCAGCUCCUCGCGCUGGUUUCGACCGACCUCGUGCCUGCCUACGACCCUGGAGGAGCUGAGGGGGACGGCGCGCCGGCGACCGGAGACAGUCGUGACGCACAAGACGAGACCGAAGAACUCAAAGGACGCGAAGGGCCGAGGCGCCGGCAGGCAGCCGGAAGCCGAGCCGAAGCAGAGGAAAAGAGAGAGGAUGAAAGGUCCGCGGGAGGGCGCGCGACAGGUCUGAGUCGCUCCACGGCAUCCAGGCAACAAAAGCCAGGCUGCGAGAGAGAGGUCUGUGCUUCCUCGUCAAAGGCAGACGAAUGUCUUCCUCUUGCUCCGCCGCCUCGCCCAGAGGUGAUUGCGCAGCAUCUCAAACCCGACGCGGAGGGCUACUAUCCGGGCGGGACGCUGAUUGUCGUGCCGCUCUCUCUGCUUUCUCAGUGGCGUGAGGAGAUUCGCACGCACAUGCAGCCGGGAGUGUGCUCCGUCUACGAGUACUACGGUGCGGGCAGGAACAAGAAUCCCGCGUUCCUCGCCUCGCACACUCUCGUGCUGACCACUUACCAGACUCUCGCGACAGACUUUCGGCAGGCUGGACGACGCCCAGGCCUUGCGACCGGGUGUCUCCCUAGUGCGAAGGCGUCCCCGAACGCGGGCGGCGCGUCCUUCUUCUCGCCUUCGUCUUGUGGGGACGGAAAGGAGAGAGAAGACCGGAGCAGAAAUGCGCCUGGCGGCAGAAACGCCGUCGCGUCGCCACUCCACGCCAUUUUCUUCUACCGCGUCGUCCUCGACGAAGGCCACAUCAUCAAGAGCGCGCCCUCGAGCCAGAGCCAGGCUUGUUGCGCCAUCAACGCCGAACGCAGGCAAGAAACACCCCGAGAAGGGACCGGAAAAGGGCGUCGGCUGAGAGACGGGAGGAAUGCGGACCGGCCAGAGAACAAAAAGAUCAAACAAACGGGAGCUCCGGAGGAGAGAACACACGGGCGCAGCCACACACUCUGCUGGAUGGCGUGGAUGCUCACGGGGACGCCUCUGCAGAACGACGUGAGCGACGCAUUCGCUCUCGUCAAAUUUCUCAAAAUUCGGCCUAUGGGGACGGCAGCCUGGUGGAACGCGCAUGUCGCGCAGCCUAUGGAGCGGGGCCAAACAGCUGCAGCGAUUAGCACGGUGCGUAGCAUUUUGCUGCCUCUGAUGCUUCGCCGCCACGCCAACUCGAGGGGUGAAGACGGAAAACCGAUUCUGCCGCUUCCUCCCAUCUCCUUCCACUGCUUCAGCGUGUGCCUCACCCCGUUCGAGCGCGCACUCUACAUGGCGUUCUUCACGCGGAGCCGCGAAGAGUUUGAGAGGCUGUUGAAGGCGGGGGUAGUCAUGACCAACUACUCGCAUGUCCUUCUCCUUCUUCUUCGUCUGCGGCAGCUGUGUUGUCAUCCUUCCCUCGUUACAGCCCGAAGCCGAGACCUGCAGGAGCGCAUUCUCUCGGGAAGCACAGAGGACGUUGAUCGCCUUCUUGGUUCCCUUAUUCGACGAAAAGAGACGGGCGAUGCCACUGCAGAGGCAGACCGCGCGUCGCCGCUCUUCGUGAGCAGCGUCGUGCAGGAGGUGCGAGAAGGUCGCGUGGAAGAUUGCCCGAUCUGUCUGGAUUUCCCUGCCGAGCCAGUCCUGCUGGUUUCGUGUUGCCACACGCUCUGCCACUCUUGUGCGAUGAAUUUGUUGCGGAGAAAGCGGAAUGAGUGCCCGAUUUGUCGGCGGAAAUUCGAGCGGAAUCAAGUCAUGCUUCUUCCCCCGCCAGCACUUCUCUCUGGGGCGAGUGCCGAAGCAAGUAAAACGGCCGAGCUCGACGGGGAGGAGGCUCAGAGAGAGACGGCCGGAGGCGUUGCUCCGACCUCGUCUGCUGAUGAGGCGGGAAAGAACGGGAGCAGCGCAAGCAAGAACGAACAGGGACGAGAAAAGAAAGACGAAGAGUUCUUCUUCAGCACCAAACUCAAGGUUGCUAUUGCUCUGGUGGCAGAGGACGUGCGACAAGGCCGCAGCUGUGUCAUCUUUUCACAGUGGACGUCGAUGCUGGACACGAUCGAGAGAGGCUUUGCUGAGUACGAGAGACAGAGAAGAAGCAAAGAGGCGAACGCGGAUCAGGCACCUAUUCUGCCGUACAGGAGACUCGAUGGCAGUAUGACUAGCUCACAAAGACAGGCGGUUUUAUCCUGGUUCGCCCACAGCAAGAGCGCUGCAAAUGAGCCUGCGUUCUGGGCCGAACAGGAGGCAGAUGGAGGAAGAGGUGGGAGCAAAUCGCUUUCCUCCGGCCCCAGAAAGAGCCAAGACCGCGACGGGGGGCCGUUCGCGGGAAUUUUCCAAGAUCUCAGGGACGCGAAAGAUGGCGCGAGGGAGACAGCGGAAGCGGCAACGAGGAGCGAGACAGCAGACGGACGCGCGCUUCAGAGGCAGCCCGGCGGGGAAGGACGCAUUCUUCUUUGUUCUUUGAAGGCGGGGAAUGUGGGGUUGAACCUCACGCGAGCGUCCCGGUGUUACCUCAUGGACGGCUGGUGGAACCCUCAAGUGGAAAACCAAGCUAUGAAACGGAUCUGGCGAUUCGGCCAGGACAAACCCGUGAAGGUGGUCCGCUUUGUAUGUGUGCGGACCGUCGAAGAGCGUCUAGAAGAAAUCAAGGAAUUCAAAGGCUGGAUGGCCCGGGGCGUCUGCGAGGUUGGUUCAGGCGUGGAUGACGUUGACGGACAGGGCGCCCCGAGUUCUGGAAGGCCAGAGUCAUUUGACGAAGAUAAACAACGGGGUCGUCUCUCUAUCGACGAGUUGAAACGGCUAUUCAGAGGCUUCGAAACCGAAGAGCUCGCGGGUGCAGAAAUGCAUGACACCCGGAGAUAUCCCGGCCCCGCGCUCGAACACUUGGGGACCGAUGAAGUGGGUAGUUACAGCACAGAGGGCAGCGCCGAAUCUGCUACAGAGGCAUCACCCGAGCGGCCAGAUACCGGCGGCGCACAGCAGGUGCGGAUGCCGUCCCGGCCCGCCGCACUCGAGGCUGCAGAAGCGUCGAUGGAAAAGUCUCUUGCGCGAGCUUUCCAGUUUUCAACAGAGCUAAUGAUUGGACCCAUCCACGUGAUUAUUACGAAAUGGAAAGCGAAUUCCAUGGUGGCCUGGUAUGCUGCGAGAUGUAUUUGA